AAAGUGAAACUAACAUUCCAUUGUGUGAAUAUAACGGGAACAUGGCUGGUAUCCUCCCUCUGGUGUUUCUGAUCUUUAGCCUGGGGACUUCUGUUGUGUAUUCUGGGAGCCACACGCUGAAGCUUUACAUAACUAAGCUCACAGCUCCGUACCCCGGUCUCCCGGACUACCUGCACAUGGCGUAUGUGGACGAUCUGCGCUACGCCCGCUACAACAAAGAGAUCAAUCGCUGUGAGUACUGGAUCCCAGCGCUGGGCGCCAAGUGGGAACCCAUGACCAUGCAGAAGAAUUACAUGCACAAUUUUGAGAUUUCCCAUCAUCAGAAAACCAAAUUAUUAACUGAUCUUUAUAACAAGACAUCCGGUAAGGAUGCCAUUCAUGUUUACCAGACAAAAUCUGCCUGUGAGAUGCAUGAAGACGGUACCAUUACUGCAUAUCAGGAGGUGGCAUUUGAUGGGAAGGAGCUGAUAGCCUAUGAUUAUCAGACGGGAACUUUUAUCCCUACAACACCAGAGGCUCAAAUUGUCGCCCAGAUUUGGAAUAAAAAUUAUGCCAAGAUAGAAAAGAUUUUCCUGGAAAAAUUCUGCACUAAUCGUUUAUCGAAGUAUCUCAAUGCAUUAGCAAGCGAUCUGGAGAAAUUAGUUCCCCCCAAAGUGAAGGUUUCCAGCUCAGAGUCAGAGAGUGGCACCAAACUGCACUGCCGGGUGUAUGGGUUCUACCCCCGAGAUGUGGAAGUGAAGUGGAUAAAGAAUGGGAGAGAUGAGAUUCACUCAGAGGAGGCAGCACAGAUCCUGCCAAACCCUGAUGGCACCUAUCAGAUCAGAGUCAGUGUGGGGGUAACACCAGAGGGGGGCGCCACUUACUCCUGCCAUAUAGAUCACAGCAGCUUGGAGAAGACACUGGUUGUUCCCUUUGAAUACAACAAUAGGAGCAUUUUGUACAUCAUCAUCCCCAUCUGUGCGGCACUGCUCCUCCUUAUGAUUGGCCUGGGGCUAUUUCUAUUCAAAAAGGGAAAAAAAGACCCCAAUGGCAGCUAUCAGAGUGGGAGCACGGAGACGGACAUUGAAAAUUGAACUAUAAAGAGACAGUUUGCAUAUACUGAUAUCACUAUGGGGUUGUUUGUAACCAAUAUCUGUGUGAGCUUUUCUUCUUAAAUUAUUACACACAGACAGCAUUGGUUACACCAGAGUCAAGAUUGUUUGAAGUUGUUAUUCCACAUUGGCACAUAAUAAUGGGCUGAUUAACCAGUUCUUGACCAAACAAGCCAACGUCUCCCCACAUGCAGAUGGUCUGUAUUUUUAUUGCACAGCGCUGUGGAAUAUCUUGGGGCUAUAUAAAUACAUGUUAUUAAUAAUAAUAAAGUGUAUAUUUUUCAA